UCCCGUUUUUACGUGAUGACACCGCAUUCGGAAGCCCCCCCCUCCCCCCCCCUCGGAAUAUCGCCAACAUAAUGGUUUGCAGAUGUAUACCGUACAGAAAACACUCAACUUUUAUACGCAGCACAUUCCGUUCCGGGAAAUAUGGCUCUACUUGUAGUCAACAAUCAGUUUGUACCACAGCGAAAGGGAUAAAAGCUCAUCGCAGUGCUCUCUGCCGGUUUCUCCGUCUGUAAUGGCAGUUCGGUGUGAUCCCUUUACGGUAAUAACAUUCCGCCGCACGGCCCGCUUAUAUAUCUGUAAGAGUCGGAAGGACCGACUGAGAGUUGUGCGGGCCAGUGACGGGUUGUUUCGGCAGUAGCCGCGCCACUAGGCCACACGCUACUCAUGGGGAGGAUGCCUUUUUGGACGAGACAACGCGCUAUGAAAUAAGAUACGAGAUUAUGGUCUGUGAUGGUGGGAGCACUGGGUUGGGAUUGACGGUUCUAGAAAAAAAAAGAAUUUUAACUUUGCUGAAAAAUGUUUAAACAGAUUAACAUAUUAGCUGAAAAUGUUGACAGUAGUCCUUCAUUUGGGUGUACCAAAACCACGUGUUGCUGAAUUCAAACAAAAAUAUUAACAAAAUAUUCCCAAAAAGUCACUACUACACAUGCAAUCAGACGCAAAGCCGGUUCCCGUUCGUAUCAGCGAAUAUCUCAGUCUAUCGCGAAUAGCUCACCGAAGCGCACACGCGUGCUACUUCGCGCCUAAAAUUGUCUCUCCGAAACUCAACCGUCCGUGCGUCAUGUCGCCGAAAAUACUCAUCGUCGGCACCGGUGCGGCCGGCAUCGCCGCCGCCACUCGGCUGUACGAGGCCGGCUUUCGGAAUCUGAUCCUGCUGGAAGCCGAGCGCCGAAUCGGUGGCCGAAUUCAUACCGUCCCGAUGGGGGCAAACGUGAUGGACUUUGGUGCGCAGUGGGUGCACUCCGAUACGGAUAACGUCGUGUACGAUAUGGCGGCCAAGUACAACCUGGUGGAGACUGAAACGCACCGUGAGAACGAACUCUGCGUCAAAUCUAAUGGAGAAGAGGUUCCGGUAGGGAAGUCGAACCACGUCCUGGAUGUUCUGAACAGUUGUCAUGAGGAAGAGGAAAAGUUGAGUAAAUACUCCAAAUCGUUGGGAGACUUCUACGAUGAGUUCUUUCAGGAAGCUCUUCGAACACGCAAAUUUGGCGACCUAGACGACACAACCUGUCGCCAACUGUACGAGUUCUUCCAAAAGUACCACACCACCUACAACGCAGUCGAUACCCUGUACGAGGUUUCUGCGCCCGGACUGCUCGAGUUCACCGACCAUCAAGAUGAGUAUCUUAUCAACUGGAAGGGUCGCGGCUUCAAAACAAUUCUGGACAUUAUGAUGAAACGGUUACCCGAGCAGAAGACGGCUCCAAUCCCGCUGGAGGACUUCAUCCUGUUCAACAAGCGAGUUACCAACAUCAGCUACCCAAGCGAUGCGGACUAUCCGGUUCGAGUGACCUGUUCCGAUGAUAGCUGUUACGUGGUGGACCAUGUCAUCAUCACCGUUUCUCUCGGAGUUCUGAAAGAAAACAUUCACUCACUGUUCACUCCGAAGCUCCCGCUGAUCAAGACGAAUGCCAUCGAGGGACUCUACAUUGGUACCAUCGACAAGAUGAUCCUGGAGUUCGAGAAACCCUUCUGGCCGGCCAACUGGAACGGAUUUGGAAUGCUCUGGAAUAGCGAAGAUCUCGCCGAACUGCGCAACUCCAACCAAAACUGGUUGGAAAGUGUUUGCGGCUUCUUCGUCCCAGCAUACCAGCCGAACCUGCUGGUCGGCUGGAUCUACGGAAAGGACGCUCGAACGAUGGAACUGCUUCCGGAACGGGAAGUCCAGGACGCCCUCGUACACCUCCUACGAAAGUUCCUCGUAAAAUUCACCAUCCCCCAGCCAAAGUCCUUCACGCGAACCACCUGGUACUCGAACCGCAACUUCCGGGGUUCGUACACGAGCCGCUCCGUUCAGUCGGACCUGAUGGACGCCAAGGCGGCCGAUUUGGCACAGCCACUGGUGAACUCGCUGGGCAAGCCGGUGGUACUGUUUGCCGGGGAGGCUACCCAUCCGGAGUACUUUUCUACGGUGCAGGGAGCGGUCGGAAGUGGAUGGCGCGAGGCGGAUCGGCUCAUUGGGUUGUACAGGGAUAAGGAGGUGAUGAUUCGGUACAGCAAGUUGUAGAAUGAUUCAACUGUUAAAGUUAUUUCAAGAACUUGAUUCCAAAUUAUGUUUUCAUCAAAAUAUAUAAAAUCAGGUCUUGAAAAUGUCCGUUUUACUUAAGCAUUGAAAUCACAUGACAGGGUUGCCAGAUUAUCAAGUAUGACGAUUUAAUCGAAAAGUCUUU